AUGCCAACACCGACUACGCGCCUGGCGCGCUCUUCUGCACUCGUAACAAUACUGGCUCUGGCUGGGCUCUCGCUCAUAGCUAUAUCGACAACCAAAUCAUCCGCCCUCCGCGCUCGCGUACCAGACGCCUACUACUGGAUCCCAUCUCUCCAGUCUCUACCCUUUUCUUCUUCGGAUAACUCCGACGCCAGUCUUACCCGCGUAUCCGAGGCGAACGUCGAUGUCUCGGCCAUUCAGAGUCCGCUCGCGAGGAGAAAGGCCAACGCAACAAUCGUAAUGUUGGCGAGGAAUAGCGAUGUGGACGGUGUGGUGCAGAGUGUGAGGGAUAUGGAGGAUAGGUUCAACAGGUGGCACGGCUAUCCUUGGACGUUCUUGAACGAUGAAGUCUUCAGCGAGGACUUCAAGCGGAGAGUAUCGAACUUGAUAUCGUCGCCAGUGGAGUUUGGCACCGUACCGCGCGAACAUUGGGUUCAACCCGAUUGGAUCGACGAGACACGCGCAAGCGCUUCGAGAGACCAAAUGAAGCAAGAGAACGUCAUCUAUGGCGACUCGCUCUCAUACCGCAACAUGUGCCGCUUUAACUCGGGCUUCUUCUUCCGCCACCCAUUGCUGCAGAAGUACCGGUACUACUGGCGCGUCGAGCCAGAUGUGCACUUCCACUGCGACACGCGAUUCGAUCCGUUUCUCUUCAUGGCGGACAAUAGCAAAACCUACGGAUUCACAAUCACGAUGUACGAGUUCGCGCGAACGAUCGAGACGCUCUGGGAUGCCGUGAAAGAGUUCUCGCGUUUACAUCCCGAACACCUUGCACCCGAUAACGCGCUCAGAUUCCUCUCCGACGACGGCGGCCAGACCUACAACCUCUGCCACUUCUGGUCAAACUUCGAGAUCGCGGAUAUGGAUCUGUGGAGGAGUCCAGCGUAUAUGGAGUUCUUCGAGUUCUUGGAUAAGAAGGGAGGGUUCUACUAUGAGAGGUGGGGCGAUGCCCCCGUACAUUCGAUCGCGGCGGCGCUGUUCUCGAAGAGGGAGCAGAUACACUUCUUCAGGGAGAUCGGGUACGAGCAUAAUCCGUAUAUGCAUUGUCCGGCUGAGGAGGACCUCUGGGAGCGCGGGCGCUGUAGUUGCAAACCUCAGCAAAGCUUCGACUACAACGGCUAUUCGUGCCUUGCUAAGUGGGACGCCGUCGCGGCCCGUUGA